AGCAUAAACUCCGCAAAUUUUAACAAGACAGUAAUUGUAGUAAAGAUCUCUGAAAGUCCUUACAACAGUGGUCCUGUAAUGGCUCCCACCACUGUUAGCUUGAAGCUUCUGGUUGACUCAACAAGCCAAAGGGUUCUGCUUGCUGAAGCUGGGAAAGAUUUUGUUGAUUUUCUGUUCAAUAUUCUGCCAUUGCCUCUAGGCACUGUCAUAGGGCUUCUCACCAAACAAGACAUGGUCGGUUGCCUUGGAAACCUUUACGAGAGCCUUGAAAAUCUGAGCGACACUUACCUGCAGUCAAUGGCGAAUAAAGACACCCUUUUGAAGCCUAAAGUUUCCAACUAUGCUGCAAAUUUACCAUCCUUGUUGCCAAACAUUCAAUCGCUAACAUCCACCAACAUUUAUAACUGUGGCAAUAGUUACCAUCGUAGAGGCUGUGGUAUCUAUGUGGCAAAUGAUUCGAACUCCAUUUGUCUUUCCUGCAACAAUAUUAUGAGCCAAAUCGCAACCGUUGUCAAUCCACCAACGAAGAAGGCUUCAUCAUGUGAUGAAGGAGGUUAUGUCAAAGGGGUUAUUACUUACAUGAUCAUGGAUGAUCUGGUUGUAAGGCCUAUGUCAACUAUUUCUUGUAUCACUUUACUCAAGAAGUUCAAUAUCAAGGAUGUAGGGGUUCUUGAAGAGAAAGUGAUUGAUAUAGGGGCGGAUGAGGGUGUGAAAUUGCUGAAGGCAUCUUUGCAGUCCAAGACCGUUCUUACCGAUGUAUUUCUCGGGAAGAAGGGGGACCAAAGUGAUGCUAGCAAUUCUAGUGCAGUACUUUCAAUCUGAUUUAGGAAAAGCUGGUUGAUUUUCGGUUUGCAGACAGUUUUAAUAGUCUCAAUGUAAUAGGGGAUGCUCACUGAUUUCUGUUCAAAUUUUAGCAGUUUGUAUGAGAAUUGCUCUGAGCCUUUUGUUAUGUAAUAAUGGUGGUUUUAGAGACCUCCCAUGUCAGAACCUAUUUACUGCUAAAAUCUUUUGGCUUAUUGCAGGAGUGCGGAUCGUUGAUCUCAAAUAUAAGUUUGUUUGCUUCACAUAUAUAUAUAUAUAUAUAUAGCUUUCAUCAAGCCUGAUUCAAAUAUGACAGCCCAAAUCUAAGACUUUUAAGUUUUAACUGGUACCUGUUUCGAAAUUCGAAGCCUCAAAGGCUUUCUUAUUCGUAUCCUUGCCUUCAUGCAAUUUGAACAGAUUGCUACCUUCAAAAUCAUUAAAUGAGUUUAUACACGAAAAUUCUAACUUUAUGCAAUCAAUUAUUUUCCAAAAUUGUUUAAAUUAUGAAGCUGAAAUUUAUGUCUAUUAGUUCGUAUAGUUAUCUA